GGUAUUAGUUUUAAAGGAGAUCUGCCUAGAAAAAACCUAUAUCAAGUGAAAAUUUAGCGGGGUAUAGAGGAGGCGGGAUAAGAAAUGAUGACAACUACGAACUGGCAGGUUUUCUAUAUUGCUUUGGUUUCGCUUGUCGUAGCUGACGAAAAAUGCUUGGAAGGGCCAUAUCACAAAGAUAAACCAUCACCAGAGGGAAAUGAUUACGUUGAAUGUUUGUCUUGGAAACGGUCAUCUUGUUGUCUAGCCAACGUUACACAGCAAAUUGCCACACACAAAGCCAAAAACCUUCACAACUACGAGUGGGAUCGAUGCGGCACUCUUUCCCAAGCCUGCGAGUUAUUCAUCAAGGACGAAUUGUGCUUUUACCGAUGUGAACCUGCCCUGGUACGUUUUCCGGCUGCAACGAAAGGUAACGUCAAGGGAAUUCCCAUUUGCGCCAAGUAUUGCAACGACUGGUUUGAAGCCUGUAAGGACGACCGUACAUGCGUUGCGGAUUGGCUCGCUGACUUCGACUUCAGUAGAGGAGAGAAUCACUGCCCAACAGGGUCACAAUGUCGCACCUUCGCUGAUGUGUACAAAAACGGCCAGGGACUUUGUGAAAGAAUGUGGGGAGAAGCUUUCACCUAUGAAACAUCCAAUAACUGCAUGGUUAUGAAAUUCGAUCCGAACAAGCCCAAUCCAAACGCUCAAGUUCAGCCCAAAUCGAGCAAAGCCUCAUACAUGCAUUCUGCAUGGUCUGCAAUUGUUAUUAUCUCUCUUCUUCGCUGAAUAGUGCACCUUCUAAAUUUGAAGUGGUUUGGUUUAAUACCACAUGCAUAUUUUUCCGAAAAAAAAAAUACGAACUUUAAUACGGGUUUGAUAUUGACUCACUAACAACCACAUUCUGCCGAGUUUUACCUACAAAGCCCUGGUUACAGGGAUCCAGUGGUUUCAUGUAAAUAUCAUCUUACGUAUUCGCGGUAGGUUUUGUUUUAUAAUCUUUAGCAAAUGUUUAUUAGUUGGUUUACCGGACUCAAACAUGCAUUUACAUACUACAUUUUCUGUAAAACAAACUUUAGCUUAUCGUUUUUCUUAGGUUAUGUGGAUUUUUUAGUCAUGAAGCCAAAAACACAUUUACGGUGUAGAUAAAAGGGAUAUAUGUUUUAUGAUAAGAUCGGUCGUCGAAACGAUAUCGGCGCAUACUGGGACCCUUCUUACUUUUCAUUUUUGCUUUUCUUUGUUUUUCCUUUUCUUUUGCAUUACUGCUCUAUAUGAUUUUUGUUGUUGCUCACUAGAUGUUUGCUGUCUGUACAGAAUAACGAUAAACUUUAGGCUUACAAUGUACAAUACAUGCAAGCAGGUAGCACUGCCGAAUCCAACUAUCUAUAAUAACAGUCAGUCAACGAAGCAA